AUGGCUCUCACCUCUGAUCGCAUCAAUCCAACUGGCCUGGGGCCCGAAAAUAUGGCACGCUACAAAUGGAGAGCGGCUCUCUACCUGGAGCCGUUUGACCCACAAAAUCCACCGAAAAUUGAGGCUCUCCUCAAAACGCAGGCGGUGAGUCGCUUAUCCAGACAAUUUCUCACGUUCCUUUCAUUACUCUGCAGCACGUGUUCUUUUGCUACGGCGAAUCGGAUAUCAAACUGAACAGGGAACUGAACCGUUUCAGUUAUGCGGUAAUAACAUGAUGCAUUUGAUGUUUGUUUUGACAUUAGAUGUUUUCAGCUUGAAGAUGCGCGUCAGCCACUCACUGAGAAGCUCAAUGACGAUCUGACCGAGUGGGCCCACAUUCGCGAGAACGCGUGCACCGUCCGUUGUAGGGCCAAUUACGACAAAAACCUGGCCGCUGUCCUGGUAGAAUUACACUUCCGGAGAAACCGUGCUCAUUUUCAUCUUACAGAAGUGCGCUGUCGACAUCAAGAGAUACACUCUCUACCUCUCCACUCAAAUCACCGAGCUUCAGCCACCACCAUAA